CUUUUCGAACAUUCCCGGCUCAGUCAGUGAUUUCAAUCUUCGACCAUGCUGUUUUAAUUUUUGCUGCUCUGCUUUUAGGGUUCGAAUUCGACGCUCGGAAGCCAUGUCAAAUCUUCCCCGCACCUCGAGUGCUCCAUCCAAGAACGGUCUUCCACCUCAGGAACUUCUCGACGAUCUCUGCAGUCGAUUUGUGUUAAAUGUGCCAAAGGAAGACCUCCAAUCAUUUGAAAGGAUCUUGUUUCUUGUGGAGUAUGCGCAUUGGUUUUAUGAAGAUAAUUCUGUUGAAAAUAAUCCAUCUCUGAAGUCAUUCAACCUCAAGGAGUUUACUUCUUUAUUGUUUAAUAGUUGUGAUGUUUUGAAGCCUUAUGUGGCUCAUAUAGAUGAUAUAUUCAAGGACUUUACUUCGUACAAGGUUCGAGUUCCAGUUACCGGUGCAAUAAUUCUAGAUGAAACCUUUGAAAGGUGCUUGCUAGUGAAAGGAUGGAAAGGUUCAAGCUGGAGUUUUCCUCGGGGCAAAAAGAGCAAAGAUGAAGAAGAUCAUGCAUGUGCCAUUAGGGAAGUCAUGGAAGAAACUGGUUUUGAUGUUUCAAAACUUCUUAAAAAGGAAGAGCACAUUGAAGUUAUUUUUGGACAACAAAGAGUGCGGCUUUAUAUCAUUGCUGGCGUGAAGGAUGAUACACCUUUUGCUCCACUUACUAAAAAAGAGAUCAGUGAAAUUGCAUGGCAUCGGCUUGAUGAACUUCAGCCAGCAAGUGGUGAAGUGAUUUCUCGUGGGAUCACUGGCCUCAAGCUUUACAUGGUAGCCCCAUUCCUUAGAUCAUUGAACACUUGGAUUUCAGAACAUCCACCUCCAAUACCUCCAAGGCCUGAUUUGCCCCUUAAAGGAAUUUGUAUUUGGAAGGCGAAGAACAGUUCUACUGGAAGUAGCUCAAUGACAAUGGACAGCCAACCAGUAAUGCCUGAGUCUGAUUCUCAUUCUCUGGACACGGGCCCUGGCAAGAGCUUUAGGAACUUCAGAUUUGAUACUGGUCCAAUCUUGCGAGCAAUGGAAGCUGGCUUUUCUUCCUGAAGGUCCGGACCGUAAACCUAACUGUAAAGUUCACAUAACCGAUUGAUUUUCACCUUUUCACUUGUAUGUCAGGUUGAUAUUAAUGACUCUUCAUCCGGAUUAGGUAGCUGUACAUGAUGUAUCUCAACUUUGUUUGGUCGGAGUAAUAUGUACAUUAUGUACAGGAAGCCUGGUGUAAGUAGUUUGCGCUGUUAGGUUACAAUUGUCUGUAGAACCGGUAAAGGUGUACAAGUCAAAUCUUCUUCCCCUUGUUAGCACUUCUUUAAACAUGAGGAGGCCAAGUGAAACUGAGAAAUUAUGGACGUGCUUUUUUUCUUAAAGUUUAGUACACUUUUGUAAUAUUUUGCUAGUCGACUAUUGGCUACUGCACAUCAUCUGUGUGUUUCGUUGAUGUGAUCGCCAACUUCACUAGCCUGUAAUCACAUUGUCAUGGUUUGCAGC